AUGACAGACGACCGUUCGGAAAUGUCUGAAGACGACGCCGGCGAUGGAACCGCUGCCAGGUCAAGGAACUCCGCCGCCGGAGAUUAUUUUAUUCCUUACCCAGAUCAAGUUCUUGAAAACGUACUCGAAAACGUUCUGGUUUUCUUGAAAUCACGGCGUGACCGGAACGCCGUCUCUCUCGUCUGCAAGUCGUGGUACCGUGCUGAAGCGUAUACCAGAUCGGAUGUGUUCAUCGGAAACUGCUACGCGGUGGCUCCACGGCGGGUCACACAACGCUUCCGCCGUGUCCGGUCCGUUACGAUAAAGGGAAGACCACGGUUUGCUGAUUUUGGACUCGUGCCACGGGACUGGGGUGCACACUUCUCACCCUGGGUUUCCACCAUGGCCAUCGCUUAUCGUUCGCUGGAGAAGAUCCACCUCAAACGGAUGUCCGUCACCGACGACGAUCUGGCGGUGAUUGCUCACUCUUUUCCCACUUUCAAGGAGCUCAUUUUGGUCUGCUGUGAAGGUUUCGGCACCAGUGGACUCGCCGUCGUCGUUAGCGACUGCCGGCGGCUGCGAGUUCUUGAGUUAAUUGAGGAUGAUGUUUCCGACGAUGAAGUCGACUGGAUUUCAUGUUUUCCGGUGGAUAUUCCGACCAACUUGGAAUCUUUAACUUUUGAUUGUGUUGAAUCCCCUAUUAAUUUCGAUUCUUUAGAGAAGCUAGUAGCAAGAUCGCCAUUUUUAAAGAAGCUUAGAUUGAAUCGUUACAUCUCCAUAGCUCAACUUUAUCGAUUAAUCAUUCGAGCACCACAAUUGACCCAUUUAGGCACCGGAUCUUUUAGUCCUCCAGAACAACAACAACAACAACAACAACAACAGAAUGAUAACAAUCGAGAUUCCGAUUUCGUUUCUGCAUUUGCUGCUUGCAGAGGGAUUGUUUGUCUUUCUGGGUUCAGAGAAAUCUCACCGGAAUAUCUUCCGGCGAUCGUUCCGGUAUGCGCUAAUCUUACGUCCUUAAAUCUUAGCUAUGCCAACAUCGAUGCCGAACAGCUGAAACCCGUUAUUCGUCACUGCCAUAAACUUCAAGUUUUCUGGGUACUUGAUUCAAUCUGUGAUGAAGGCCUUCAGGCAGUGGGAGCCACAUGCAAAGAUCUUCGUGAGCUUCGUGUUUUCCCGAUCGAUGCUACCGAAAACGCUGAAGUGCCCGUUUCUGAUGUGGGUCUACUUGCGAUUUCUCUAGGCUGUAGGAAACUCCGAUCGAUUCUUUACUUCUGUCAGCAGAUGACUAAUGCCGCAGUCAUAGCCAUGUCUAAAAACUGCCCGGAUCUUGUUGUUUUCCGGCUCUGUAUUAUUGACCGAUACAGACCGGACCAUGUCACCGGUGAACCGAUGGAUGAGGGGUUUGGAGCCAUCGUCAAGAACUGUAAGAAACUUACUCGGCUCGCAGUUUCUGGUUUACUUACGGAUAGGGCGUUUAGUUACAUAGGGCAAUAUGGUAAACUCGUGAGAACGUUAUCGGUGGCGUUUAAUGGAGAAAGUGAUAUCGGGCUGAAGUACAUUUUAGAAGGGUGCACCAAUUUGCAAAAGCUUGAGAUCAGAGAUAGCCCCUUUGGAGAUUCGGCUUUAUGGUCGGGUCUACACCAUUUUUACAAUAUGAGAUUCGUUUGGAUGUCAUCUUGUCGAGUGACUCGACAAGGGUGCACCAAUGUGGCUCGACAGUUACCGAGGUUGGUGGUGGAAGUGUUCCGUGGGGAUGGGGUGGAAGGCGGGGAGAGGGGCGAUUUCGUCGAUACGCUUUAUAUGUACCGAAGUCUCGACGGCCCACGAGCUGAUGCGCCACACUACGUCAACAUUUUGUGACAGGUCUAUUGAAACGGCUUUUGGGGCCUAAAAGGAUCGGUCUUUCUUCCUUAACUCGGGUUUUUUCCUGAUGGGUACGAGGAAAAAGCACAUUUUUCGUGCCAAAGAUUAAUCUUUUCGGUUUUAUGCUCGUUUUCUUUCAAUCUUUUCUCUUCAUAUUCAUUAAGCUUCGGAUCGAGCUGCAGGAAUUAGAGGGAUCAGAUCGAUGGUCGAACUUGAACUUGAUCCUGGAAACAGCAAAGAUACUGAAGAAUUCGGGGUUUUCCUUCUUUAGCCGUCGCAGGUAGUCGGGCUUUUUCAGGCCGGGCUUCGGUCACGGGCUUUUUGUGCAUCUUUAAGUCGGGUAGAUGAUGAUCAUAAUUCAUAGUAUUCUUUUCCUUUGUUAGCAAGUAGACAACAUUUGGAUCCUGCUUUUAUGUUUGGUAAAUCUCCUCUCCAGGGGUAAAACCGUCAAAUCCGCAAUCGUGCUUUAGGAACUUGUACCUUGUGCUGACUGCUGAGGAUUUGGUAUUUUUGUAGCUAUCUUCGUACUAUUCUUUUUUUCCUUUGCUAGUAGCCAACAUUUGAGGUGAUGCUUUGUGUUUGGCAGCUCUUGUUCUCCAGGGGUAUAAUAGUCAAAUCCCGGAUCAUGACUUGUACCUUGAGCAUUGAGAGUUGUACAUUGAUCAAGAUUUGGUAUUUUUAUAGCUCUAGGAAAUAAUUUUUGUUCAGUUAUCUUUUCCUUCAGGGCUACAAUGGUAAAUUUGCAGCUAUGCUAUAUUGACUUGUACACCAUGCAUUAAGAGUUGUACAUUGCCAAGUCUUUGAUAGAGUAAAUUACAGUUUUGGCCU